AUGGCGGUUCAAGGCGCGGUGCAGGACUGCAGGCCGACGCUGCUGGCGAUCUGGGGACGCCGGGACCCCAAGCAGAGGAUGGAGGCGCAGGCGGCCUCGCGCAAGGAGGAUGACGGCGGAUCAAGAGGUCCUCCUGAUCGGGACGAGGAGGAGGGGGCACAUCGCGAGGAGGACGAGGGGGUCAAGGAAGAGAAGGGUGCUGCAAGGGAGCACUAG